AUGGACGUCGCGACGUUCUUCUCCAGGCUCUUGCAGCCUCCGAAAGAAUCGCAUCGGAACCGCGACGAGGAUGAUAUCCGUGACUUCGACGAGGCAUGGACGACGAUCAAGGAUAUCCUAGAACAACCCAACGAACGCCAGAUCAUCAAGGGUAUUCACAGUACGGAAGUUCCCGGUAGACUCCAACAUAUAGUCGAUGCUCUAGUCUAUGAAGCGAACCGGAUGGAUGAAGACACUACUGGAGCUUGCCUCGAAUAUUUCUUCAAAAAUGAUUUGCUGGCUCAUCUCGAGAGGUUAUGUGAGAACGACAGACCGCACGGGAUCAAAGUGGAGGUUGUCAAAUUCAUCAAUAAUCUCGUCGUCUUGCUUUCCGAGCGUUUCCUAGUUCACAAUGCCGUCCACCGACCUCUGCGUAGGCUACUCCGGUCGUGUAUUGGCGGAGAACAGGAGGACAAGGUUGAUGGGAACGCCAGAGUAUUUGGAGCGGCUUCUUAUGCUAUGGCAAGGGAGGAUUCGGAGGAAGAAGAUGUGCUGGAAGGUGAUCUAGUAGAUCUCAUGUGUGUCCUUUGCUCCCGGAUGAGAGCGUAUCCGCCCCUUCUUUUGAUCUUUUUCCAUGACAAAGGUUGGCUUCAACCGCACACAUCUUCAGGUGCACCUCCCAUGGAUCACUCCAGAUUACCGACGUCCUCGCUCGAUGGCAACGGACCUAUCCGUCCAGCUCCGACGACAGACAGGGCGACAUCCCAUUUCGAGUUCCUGCUUUUCUCCUAUCUUCUUCGUUUCGCCCAUCGAGAAGGGCGCGUAGGCGAUCUAGCUCGCGCAGGGCUUUUGUUCCUAUUCGACAUUGCGUUCUUAACUCCCUCUGAAGAAGGAGGUGAGAAUCUCCACAUCACCGAUCUCAAUGGCGAAGAUCCACUCCAGGAAUCAAGAAAUGCCCUGGGAGAAUUCAUCCUCGAUGGAGACUUUGCAGACGUUAUCUGUGCUGGCAUAGGAGCCAUCUAUUCAAUCUUACCCACCAAAUUACGAAUCCCAUCCUUGGCCGACCAGGCGGUCAUAGAGGAGACGAUGACUGCUUCUACUUCAGGGGGCAUGCACCUUGGAGGGGGGCAUGCCGGCUCGCUUCACCCAUCCAAUCUAGAUCUCAACGUCGACCUUGCGCUGCCAUCUACUUCCGACGUCAUGGUCAGAGACAAGAUUGAUCUGUUGCUCAAGCUCUUUGGCUUCUUGCAAGAUAUCGUCUUUCGGUGCAAUGCUCCGCUCGCUCACGCCAGUCCCGAUACAAGUGCAGUUGAAGCAGCUCAUAUACUCGGCCCCGCCAUUUGUGAAGCCAGCUUGGACGCCAUCCGAUCAUCCUUCAUCGAAACGAUCAUUUACCCCUCUAUACUCGAAUCCUCGCCUAGCGAUGGCAGCUCGGUGGCCGUGAUGACUUAUAUAGAUGUCUUGCUCGCCAACCUGGAUGAAGGGCCUCUAUUGACGACUUUGCUGGACGCUCUCCUGGACUCGAAUGAUUCUGCCGCGCCUAGGAAGAAAGGAGCGAGGAAUCAAUCGACAGACGCGUUGAAGACGGAGUACUUUGUGGACGAAGGUCGCUUCACGCUGAAGGAUCUUCUCCUGGAUAAUCUUCGCUCGACAGAUUGGACAUCAUCCACCACAGCGUUUCGUCUACUGCAGACUCUACUGGGGGAUCACUGUCGACAAACUGUCUCACAGCUCUUAACCAUUGUCAGGGAUCCAGCUGCAACGACUCUCGCCCGGCGGCCAAUACCAGGAGCACCUUCCUCAGACCCUUUCCUGAGUAACGCCGUCUCGGAUACGUUUCUGCCCUCGCCCGUCAACUCUGUCGACGUUCACCUGCAAGAAGUCGAGCUGUACGGAUCCCUCAUCUCGCGCAUCGAUCCGCUGCAGACUUCAACGGAACUCACAGCGGGCUAUGCGGGAUACCUAGUGGAUAUCAACAACGCUCUCCAGGCUGACCCAUGUCUGACGAUAUCCUUGAAUCCCUUGAGUUUUGGCGAGGACGAAGAAAAGCCUCUUGUCCAUGUCGGUAGAUUCGAUGACGAGCCCAAUCAACAUCGAUUAAAUCCGAAUGAUCCGAUGAUCAAGUCCAUUUUUUCCAGCUUUGGCGCGUUUUUCUGUCAGAUGCCAGACGUCAACGUCGCUCUCACUGGGACCCUUGCAGCUCUAGCCUUGUGCCCGAAUCGUUCCUUGGCGGGAUGGCUUUUGUACGAUGUCAAAAGGGACGCGGAUCCGUGGUGGAAAACCCGGGCCAGAGGCAUAACGGACGAGAACGACGCAGCGUCUGAUGUCUCUGAAGAUGAUCUGAUCGCUCGCAAAUUCGAAUCUGGGGAUCAUGGCGACGGCGGUGAUCUCUUCGCGCCAUCUCGGAACAAUCUGGACCUUCCGGCGCUCUACCAAAUCUUUAGAGAUCUCGUACGACAAGUCAAUCGGUUUCGACUUGACAUUCAGGAUUUCGAUCGAUUGCUCGCUGAACGUCGGCAAGGUCUUUUAUUCGCUGACCAUCUGGACGAAGCCAUGAAUAUCAUGCUCGAUGUGGAGCCUACUGCGUUUGGAUUACCCUCAGCAGCUCUUUCGUCUAGUGUUGCUUCGCCUGUGCCCAAACGCCCAAAAGCUGGGCCGUUAAGUGGCGGACUGGGUGGGGCUCUAAAAUCCUUCCUGACUCCUAAACGCAAGACGUCCCCAUUGAACUACACGCCAGGACAUGGCGGAACACCGAGCUCACUCCGAGAAGCUGCAUCUAGGAUCAACGCGUCUCCAUUCAGAACGCACUACGAAGCGACUUCUCUCUUGACGCUGGAAACUUCUACUUCGCCAGGCAUAGCGUCGGGCCCGUGGUCACCUGGCAGGGGGCCAGUCACGCCUGAUGGCUCGGGAUCUCGACCACGAUCAUCAUUGGGACGUAUGACCAACGCGACUUGGGAUGAUUCAGGGCCGAAUGAUAACAACAAUGUCCCGAGGCUGUCUCCUUCGCCUGGAGCCGAGCAUGCAUCACCAAGCAGAACGCGGGUCACCUUGUCCUCAGUCUUGGAUAAUUGUGUCAUCUUAGAGGAGUUCCUAAAGGAAAUUGUAGCUGUAAUCACUGCCAGAAGGGCUUUGGGCGUAGAUCAAGUAGGAUUUGUAUGA